CAUGUUUCCAGAAAAGCCUCCCAGAACUCCCAGUCAGCGUGCCGUGGCCCAUGGACCGGCCCGGCAGCGCGGAUCCGGGACGGGAGGGACCGGCAGACCUGGUGGAUCAGAUGGUUUGGAGGCUGGGAGGGGAGUCUGUGGCUGUGGCCCAGCAGGUUCUGAUGGACAUGAACAGAACUGAUGUGCUUCAGAAUCUGGCCGGGAUCAGAUCCGGAUCAACAGAGGAGUUUCAGUCUGUGUUGUUCCAGAAAGAAGCGAGUCUAACAGCAAUGAUGGAGAAACUUCUGGAAACGUUUGAAGAUUUAGGUGAAGCAAAGUUUGAACAUUUUCAGAGAGUCGUCCAGAAGAGCCUGUCCAGGAAAGCCGGGAGAAGAACGCCAGCCGUGGCUGUGGAGACGGGGAGGAAGCUGAAGCUGGCGGAGCUGAUGUUGGAGCAGCUGGACGAGCAGACGCUGGACAUGGCGGCGCUGGUUCUAAAGAAGAUUCAUCGCUCUGACUUGGUGCAGAAGAUCUCAGGAGGAAACCCAGCAGCAGGACCUCCAGGGGUCACCAGGGGUCAUGAGGGAGUGAAGCUGGAGUCCAGCUGCUGGACUGAACUGGUACCGGAGGUGAACCAGACAGAAAGUCCAACCUACAGCCUCCAGAGUGAAGCUGGACUCUUUGAGUGCAGCAUCUCCGGUCUGCGCUGGUUCUGUUCAGAACGGGUCGUCUUUAGGUUCCGGUUCUGCUCCUGGGACGACGGACACAUGGACAGGAUGGAGAGCAGAGGAUACCGGCCUGCUGGUCCUUUACUGGACAUCAGUGUGAUUACUGGGAGGAUGGCGGCGGUGUUCCUGCCCCACUGGAUCUGUGUCGACGACGUCCCUGAACCUUUGGAGCACUUUGCUGUCCUCCACAUGGACCACUGUGGAGACGCUGUGGAGAAAGUCUCUGAGGUCUCACCGUCACACGUCAGACUGACUGAACCCGUUUUCUCUCCGAGGGCGGUUCUGAUGAGAGCCGGCUUUCCUGUGAAAGUUUACUGCAACGUGCUGCUCUAUCGGACCAACACGGCUUUCCUCACGCUGCAUGUUUACCUCGUCCCACGCGACCCGGCUUUACAGCAGGCAAUGGACCAGAAGGAAACGUCUUCUGGAUACAGAGUGAUCCAAAAGCCCGACCCGGAGAAGUCCCUGAAAAUGAACGAAUUCUUCUUUCUCACAUCGGAUCUGGAGGCUGCAGAAGUUUCUCCUAAAACGGGAAUUAAACUCCGAUAUCCCAGAGGAAAGCCAAACUUCUUUGAGGUUUAUGUUGAAAAUGCAGACAGAACCUUCAGUCUGACACUCAGAGCCGACGGACAGGACCAGCCGGUUUGGGAAUGUUCUGUUCGGAAAGAUGAGUAUCAGAGCAGCAGCCAAGCACAAGAGAUACAGAGUGUGGAUGAACAUCUGGCUGAAAUGAUGCAAAGAGCAGCGAUCAUCACAUCAGACAAGGAGAUGCUUUUAAACCUGAUGAAAGACCUGAAGCAAGAGGAGCUGAAAGGCUUCAAAUGGUUCCUGAAGAACAGGGACGUGAGCUCAGGCUGCCCACAGAUCCCAGUGAGCCUCCUGGAAGAGGCGGACGCCUCCGACCUGGUGGACCUGAUGAUGAACACCUACAGCCGCGGGGCUGUGCUCCUCACCCAGGACAUCUUUAAGAAGAUCAGCAGGAAUGAUCUGGUGGAGAUGUUUCCAGGCACCAGCUGUAAAAGGAAAUGUAAGAACUUCUGAAUUUAAUGGAAGUCACUGAUUUCCACAUGCUGCUGCAUGGAUGAAGUUUGUUUGGGUCGGCUGCUCUGACCUUUGGAUCAUCUGCUGUCUGGCUCCACAAAUGAGGCUGAUUCCUUUAUAACCAGGUGGAGGAAAUCACUUUACAAGUGUUUUAGUGUUUUCACCUUAAAUACCAUGCAUGUUAGUAUUUUAUGUUAUAAUCAGAAAGUCCCAUGUGGAUCAGACUUUCAUGAUGCCCAUGACUGACCCAGCUGGGGGUUCUGGUUCUGUUCUGUUUCUGUUCUGGUGGGAGGACGUCUGUCAGGUUCUGUCAGGUUCUGACAAACAUCAUUCAUGUACAUUUUGUUCCUGCUGCUUUUUAUCUGCAAGGAAAAUGGUUUAGUCUCACAUCCAUGAAAUAAAUCAUUAAAUUACAGAAACUUUUAACUGCAUGAGAACAAAAAUGCUGCUGAAAUGUGCGGCACAAAUAACAUUUCAUUGAUUGAUUGAUUGACAAAACAAGAACAUUUCCUCUUUCUGCUUUUCUUAAAAGUUCUCCACUUUUCUGUUGAGUAUUUUUGGAGAAUGGUUUUGGUUCAGCGUCUCGCACCGUUCUGCAGAUAUUUAUCCUGAGAAUCGAUCUGUUCGCAGUUCAUCUGCGUUUCCUUCAUGGAGAAUUAAAAUUCCCAGAUUAACAAGCCGGAUGUGUGAGACGUCCAGAUGAGAGCAAAACUGCAUAAAGUUACUAUUGUAAUGUAACUGAGGCUUUUAAAUCUUUCUAUGUUUCUGCUACAAUAUUGUUGGAAACUAAACAUGGUUUAUUUUCAUUUGGGUUUGAUGUUCCACUGAGUUAAACAACCAGAGGAAUUAUGACAGUGUCAGGUUCUGUGUUUUUUCUGUGUUUUUAUUCCAAAUUUCUGUGUCCUGAGUCUCCUCGUUGUCCUGUCUUCCCCUUGAUUGUUCCCAGGUGUCGUUCCCUUGAUUACCCUCAGUGUAUUUAGUCCCUCCUGUGUCCUCUGUUCCUCGUCGGGUCCUUGUCAGAUUGUCAGAUUGUCCUUGUUGUGUUUACCGCCUGUAUGACCAGUUGCUACCGGCGUUGAGCCCUGGCUUCCGCUCAGCCGUGCUGCCUGGCCGCGGACUCUGUUCACUGUGUUUUUGUGGACUAUUUUCAUUAAAUAUUUCAUCAUUCACCAUAUCUGGGUCUCCAGCGUGCUGCCUCACCACCGCCACCACACCACUUCAUGACAGACAGUUUACUUUGUCUCCUGAAAAUAAGUUUUCACGCCAUGUUUGUUUUGCUCCAGUGGAGACGCAGGCAGGAGGGCAGUCAGGGGUCAGAGGUCAGGCUGAGGUGAGCUCAGUGAUCGGCUGCUGCCAGUUUGGACCGCAGCCUGACCGGAGCUCCUCUGUCCGAACCGAGGAGGCUCCUGAACUUUGACCCCACGGCGGGUUUAGUCACCAGACCAGCAGUGAACUGGUUUUACUCCUGAUGGGUUUAAUAUGUGGGACCAGUUUGAUACCUGAUUUACUUUACAUGUUAUGUAAUUUAUUUGUAACAAAAACUGAA